UGAGACGCCAUCCAGCCCUCAACCUCCACCAUUUCUAUCCUCGUCUUUGCGACCACCCAUCGCUUCUCAUGGCCCCGCCUCCUUCUUUCACGGCGCUCCCCACCGAGACCCUAGAGGCUAUCUUCCAGCACCUCGACCCGCGCUCGCUCGUCUCUGUUUCGCGCACGUCCAAGCACAUCAAGCAGAUCACGUUCGAUUCUCCCGUUAUCUGGCGGCACUUCUGCCGUACCCAUUUCAAGUUCUGGGCGGUGCACCACAACAUCUCCGAGAAGUUCGCGGGGCCCCUCUCUGAUGUCGACUGGCGCGAGCUGUUCAUAUACCGCAUGCACAUUGAGAAGCGUACCACGCAGUUGUUAAACAAGGUCCUACAGAGGCAGCAGGGGCGCAUACGGUAUAUCAAUGAGAUUGCUGACUUUGGAGAUGAUGCAAAAGAAACGCUGCUACAAGAGGGCGCCUGUCCUGACGACGCCGAGGACGUAUUAGCGAGGCGGUACUACGCGAAUGCCAUCCUUGAGCGCAUCCAGCGGGAGAGAGCAAUCCGAAUCUGGAAGGGUAUAUCCAAUGGUGCCGACAUCUCACUCGAGGAGGCGCUUGGUGCCUACGACUUAUUCACCCGCGCUGGCGACCAUGUCGACCUCGACACCAUCACGUCCGACCUAGACCGUCUUGCCAGAGAACUGCUCCAAGAAUAUCAGGGCUUCACGCAGUUCAGUACUCGGCGACAAGCAGAAGUUCUGGCCUGGUUCCUCCGGGACAAGGGGUUUCAGGGAGUCCCCAAUCCGUCAUACCGUGCUCUUCGCAACUCAUUCAUCGGACUGGUCCUACAAUCCCCUGAUCACGAGUCAUUGCCCUUGGUCUCGGUCGCCAUAUAUUGCGCUCUAGCCCGACGUGUUGGCCUUGAUGCUCGCCCAUGCGGCUUCCUCUUCCACGUCUACUGUCUCAUCUACGCCCCUAAAGAUCACACCCUUAAUGGAGACUAUAGUCCGACCAACUCGACUGAAUUGGACUCUAUGUACAUUGAUCCAUUCCGCUCCACCAGCGAGGUGGACCAGGGAGAUCUCGAGAGAAUGCUGCAAGAAAUGGGGGUUCCAAAUUCAGAACACGAUGCGUUUCUCUCCGACACGACCACGCAGGAAUUAGUUUUACGCACCGCACGCAACAUCAUGAACUCGGUGCAGACUAUCCGGCAGCAAGAUGCAGGCAUCUACGGCGUUCACUCUAUCUGGCUGAACGAGUAUCCAGAUAUGGACAAUGCAUUCUAUGCAGCAUUGUGGGCGAUGCUUAUGCUCGGACCGCGGGAAGAGGAGCAAAGCGGCAGUUUAUCCAAUAUCUCUACUCGCCGACGCCAAUACCUUCCCUAUCUCCUGGAACAUUUUCAGACACAUUUCCCUUGGGACGUCACCCUCCUUGAGCAGCACGUAAUCCCUCUUUUCUACAAUCAACCCGAAGGUCAGCGUCUCCUUGCUUUCGUGCAUUCAAUGCAUAAUCUAGACAGCAUGCGCAAGCCAACAAACGCCCGAAGCACCCCAACAACGCAAAGAGUCAAGUUUCACGUCGGCCAAUCGUUCAAGCAUAAACGGUACCAUUAUGAAGGUGUCAUCACAGGCUGGGACACCUCGUGCGACGCAGGCGAGGAGUGGAUCCAGCAUAUGGGCGUUGACAGACUUACCAAUGGCCGCAACCAGAGUUUUUAUCAUGUCCUCGUCUGCGACAAAUCCGUCCGCUACGUCGCCGAAGAAAACAUCGCCCCUGUAUCCCACUCUACUCAACCUGGUGAAGCCAUGCUCCGCCUUGCAGGCCGUUAUUUCAAGCGCUGGGACUCCGACGCCCAUACCUUUGUGAGUAAUGUCCGGGACGAGUACCCUGAUGAUUGAAUCUGAGGUGGGCUUAUGACUCUGUCUUUUCUUAGGUCGAUCAUGUAGGAGGUAGGUCUUGUGCAGAUGACUUUUAUGUGUAGGAUUGGGGUAGAGGCGGAUGUUAUUGAAAUUGAAAAGAAGGGAACAAAAGAUCAGAAGAAUUGAU